UGGGGGACAAAACCCCACACUGCCUCUACCUUCUCUUCACCAAGUCUCAGUGUGAGUGUGCAACAGCAUAAGAAGCAAUUGAAGAAAUGGGUUCUGAGAAUCAAGGAACCCCUGAUCCUGAUGGAGUAGAAAUCAACGCUUUGCCUCCUUCACCCUCAUCUUCAUCAAAUUCCUGGACAACUCGAAUCUUCAUUCCAACCCUCCUUGCAGGGCUUGCUGGUGCUGGAACUGGCUUAAUCUCAAAGCAUCGAAAAACUCUUGGACUUGCCAACGUUUGUGCCAGCUACGCUGCUAAUUUCUCCAUUGUUACCGGUUGCUACUGCGGGGCACGUGAAUUUGCGAUUGCAACUAGAAAAACAGGACCUGAGGAUCUAUGGAGUUCUGCAAUAGCGGGAUUUGGAUCUGGUGCUCUUCUAGGGCGUCUGUACGGAGGUCAUCUUGGAGCCCUCCGAUACUCCGUGAUCUUUGCAGUUGUGGGGACUUCAGCAGAUUUUGCUAUUCUGAAAUUGAAAGAUGUUAUCAGAGAUCAGAAUAAAACAAUAUAUCAACAUAUAGAGAAUUCAAAGAAGAGUGGAAAUUUGUUAAGAUUGCCAGAAUGGUUCCCGAUUCGAGUACUUGAUGAGGAAGCCCUUGCUGAAAAACGAGCGCAGGAAGAGCAGUUCCUUGCCCAGAGGGCAAGGAUUCGUAGCCUGAAGGAAGAAGAAUCUUGAUUGCAAUGCAUUUUUGUUGGAGCUCCCAUCCCCUAAACUUCCUGUAACCCAUUUUUUUCACUGAAUUAGUUUGUAAUAAUGCACUUCUGAAGCUUAUGGGCAAUAGCUUCAACAAAUAUUUUGCAAGAGUUGAAAUUCCAGACUUCAUUGGAUAAUGAUUCUGCCCUUCCUUACUGAAACAUUGUCCAGUAUUUACAAAAGAAAAAAUCUAGAAGUAGUCAAAAUAAUUGUGAUGUUC